UAUACUAAUGGCUAAUGUUUUGUCAAAUGGUUUGCAAAAUGGCUGCCAAUUGUUGUGUCAAUUGUUUGACUCAUUUGUUAUAUUAAUGACAUUUGAAUUGCAAUUAAAUUAACCGUUGAUUUAGUUAUCACUUGUUAUCAGUCAAUCAUUUAGUUGUUUGUCUUAAAAUCGGACGUUUUAUUUAAUAUAUUUGUUUAGCGAUUUGUUUUGCAUGUCUUGAUUGUGUGGGUGACAGUCAUGUCCGCCAUCGACAACAUCUGCCAACUGAACACUGAUCUGAAUGGCAAUGAAGACCACAUUCAUACCGUCACUGGUGGUCACCGUUUAGGACACACUAGAGAUCAAUUGACACCAUCUGUGCUGAGGAUGACUUCGACAUCCGAUUGCGCUAUUAGUGUGACGACAGUGAAGAAGGCGAAGUACGGCACAACCUGUCUGUCGACAACACAAACAAUUACUGCCAAUCAGUACAACAACUCCGCCAACAACUCAUUAUUAGUUAAUUUAAAGCAUUCUUCCGAAGCCAUACAACAGUGGACACAAACGGAAGACAUGGACUCGUCUUUUGUUGACAUGGAUGUGACGAAUAAUAAUAGUAUUAAAUGUAAUAAUAAUAACAUUAAUUGUAAAGAUAAUGGUUUAGACAAAUGGCUCAAAACUUUCUACAAUUGGUCGCACAACGAGAGGAUACAAGCGUUAGACAGUUUGGUCUCAACGGGCAUUUGCGAAGUACAACAAAUCAGACAUUUGCUGACUUUGAUUGAACCUCAGCUCCAAAGAGACUUCAUAUCAUUGUUGCCAAAAGAGUUAUCAUUAUUAAUAUUAGGUUAUUUAGAUCCAAAGGAUCUGUUAAGAGCGUCACAAACGUGUCGUAAUUGGAGGAUAUUAUGUGAAGACAAUGUUUUAUGGAGAGAAAAGUGUCGCGAAGAGGGACUUCUCGACGAUAAUGAAAGUAUCACUGACUUCUUCAAACGUCGUCUUGAGUCGAGUCGCUGUUCACUCAUGUGUUCAACACCGACAUCACCGCCGCCUUCAAACAGCUCAUCACCAAAGCUGUGUCCCUUAUCUCCAGACUCGCCAAUGCAAUCAUUUGCUAGAUCUGAGAAUAAGAUACGAUUCUUGAGACAGAAAAAUAUUGAAUAUAACUGGAGAUAUGGAGUGUUGUCCACAGAAAAAGAGAGUACAACACCUACAGGAAGAGGUCGUCUUUUAAAGGAAAUACUUUAUCUCAAAGGACACGACGAUCACGUUAUCACAUGUCUUCAGUUUAAUCCCAUCUCUAAUUUAAUUGUUAGUGGAAGUGAUGACAAUACACUUAAGGUGUGGUGCAGUGAAACGGGUCGCUGUAAACGGACACUCACUGGUCAUACGGGUGGUGUCUGGUCAUCACAGCUUUCAUCCGAUAAUAUCAUAAUUAGCGGCUCAACUGAUAGGACGUUAAAAGUUUGGAAUGCAAUGAGCGGAGAAUGUCUUCACACACUUUAUGGCCACACGUCUACCGUUAGAUGUAUGGCAUUGCAUGAGAAUCAAGUGGUCUCCGGUUCUCGUGACGCAACUCUCAGGGUUUGGGAUAUAAAGACUGGAUGUUGUAAUCACGUAUUAACAGGACACGUGGCCGCAGUGCGUUGUGUCCAAUUCAACGGUAAAUUAUGCGUUUCCGGUGCUUAUGAUUACUUGGUUAAGGUUUGGGAUGUAAGUACUGAGACCUGUCUGCAUACACUUGAGGGUCAUACAAAUCGAGUCUAUUCUCUACAAUUUGAUGGAUUACAUAUUGUAAGCGGAUCUCUGGAUACAUCAAUUAAGGUGUGGUCGGCAGCAGAAGGCACUCUUAAGCACACUCUUGUAGGACAUCAGUCAUUGACGAGUGGAAUGCAAUUAAGAGGGAAUACAUUAGUGUCUGGAAAUGCGGACUCAACUGUUAAAGUUUGGGACAUUACGACCGGUCAAUGUUUACAAACAUUGUCGGGACCUAACAGACAUCAAAGUGCUGUCACAUGUCUUCAGUUUAACUCACGAUUUGUCAUCACAUCCAGUGAUGACGGAACUGUCAAACUAUGGGACCUCAAAACUGGAGAAUUUAUUAAGAACUUAGUAUCGCUUAGUAGUGGAGGAAGUGGUGGAGUUGUGUGGCGUAUCAGAGCUUCCAAUACCAAACUGGUUUGUGCUGUCGGUUCCCGAAAUGGAACCGAAGAAACUAAACUAUUAGUUUUGGACUUUGAUGACUACCAAGACAUUAGGCAAACCAGGUUUGAGGAAAUGGAUACUACAUUUGAAAUGGACAAUGAUUUUGAUAAAGAUAAUAAUAAUCUAAUUUUACUUUAAUUUUUUUGCUUAUUUUAGUCAAUAAUAAUUAAAUUGUUUACUCAUUUAUAAAGAGAAUAAUUUCGUAAAUCAAAUACACUUUUGUGUAAUUCUUUUAUUUAAUCGAAAAUAAAUACAAAUUUCAUUUCACACCACUUCCUG